GAACAGCGGAAGUGACAGCAGCAACUUCCCCCCCAACAAUAACCUCAUCACUCCGUUUAUUAGUGCACGGAGCUCCGCUUCCCCGGUCCAGACAUGUCUACUGCGUACAGGAACAGAAUACAAGAGUUCAAGGUGGCUUUGAGUGAGGAAAACAUCAACUUGAAGACACUGAGGGAGCUGUGCUUUAACGGGAUUCCUUUUGAAGGAGGCACAAGAUCUCUUUGCUGGAAAAUCCUUCUCAAUUAUCUGCCUCUUGAUCAGUCAAUAUGGGAGUCGUUCCUCAAAAAGCAGAGAGAGGGCUACACCCAGUUCCUGAAAGAAAUGAUCAUCCAGCCCGGCAUCGCCAAAGCCAACCUGGGCCUUUCCAGAGAAGAUGUAACGAUGGAGGACCAUCCUCUAAACCCCAACCCAGACAGCAGGUGGAAUAACUACUUCAAGGAUAAUGAAAUCUUACUGCAGAUUGACAAAGACGUCAGACGGUUGUGCCCAGACAUGGCGUUCUUCCAGCGUCCUACAGAAUACCCGUGCCAGCUCAUCCUGGACCCUCAGAACGAUUAUGAGACGCUUCGCCGUCGAGUGGAACAAACCACCCUGAAAGCACAAACGGUCAACCGGAACCGCAGCGGCGUCACCAACGUCAGUUCUCCUGGAAAGGCCUUGAACCUGUAUCCAUCGAACGAAUACGAGGUUCUGCCCAAUGGCAGUGAAGCUCACUGGGAGGUGGUGGAGCGGAUUCUCUUCAUCUACGCCAAACUCAACCCGGGCAUCGCUUACGUGCAGGGCAUGAACGAGAUCGUCGGGCCGAUUUACUACACGUUUGCCACAGACCCUAACGACGAGUGGAAAGAACACGCUGAAGCAGAUACCUUCUUUUGUUUCACCAACCUGAUGUCGGAGAACAGGGACAACUUCAUCAAGAGUCUGGAUGACUCUCAGUGCGGCAUCACCUACAAGAUGGAGAGCGUGUACUCCAUGCUCAAAGAGAAGGACCUGGACCUUUACCGCAAGUUGGAGGAGCAGAACAUCAAACCCCAGUACUUCACUUUCCGCUGGCUGACCCUGUUGCUGUCGCAGGAAUUCCUCCUGCCGGACGUCAUUCGCAUCUGGGACACGCUGUUCUCGGACCAGGACCGGUUCAACUUCCUCAUCGUGGUCUGCUGUGCCAUGCUCGCACUCAUCAGGGACGACUUACUGGCAGGAGACUUCACGGUGAACAUGAGAUCACUGCAGGAUUACCCCAUCUCAGAUGUUUCCAAAAUUCUGACCAAGGCCAAAGAACUGCAGGAAAACUCCUAAUCCCAUCGCUCGCCUCCUCCAUCCAGCCUUCUCGGCUCGCGUUGCGACAUACUGUAGGAUGUCUGGCCACUGGGGAAACGACAGCCUUGGAAAAAACCCUGGAGGACUCACUGAAAAACGAUCGCCAGCCUCAAACCGAGAGGUCGGGCGACCGCGUGCUACGAUGAGCAUUAUGGGUAAAGGCUCCCCAAGUAUGUCUUCCUUAUGCUCCUCACAGCCCUUUCUCCCAUGGAGACAUGUUUGCGGUGAUUUUGCGGAGUCGCAGCGAUCCGACAUCGCCGACCUUUUGUUUGCCAGGACAAACAGAGAAGAAAUGUUCAGAGAAACUGAGCUGCACUGCAAAAACUCAAAAUCUUAACAAGAAUAUUUGUCUUAUUUUUCUAAUUAAAAUGUCUCAUUUUUAGUCAAAAAAAAUCUCAUUACACUUAAAACAAGACUCAUCACCUG